GCCUUUGUUACUUUGGCUACAAAUGAUACAUAUGCAUUAGGAUGUCUAGUUUUAGCCAAUUCAAUACGGCAGACCAAAACAACCAGAAAAUUAGUUGUUAUGUUAACAGAUGGUGUCACAUCUUCUAUGAGACACCAAUUAGAAAGAGUUUUCGAUGUAUUAUAUGAUGUAGAUUUACUGGAUAGUCGAGAUUCCUGUAAUCUAGCACUACUUGGUCGUCCAGACUUAAGUUGUACAUUUACCAAGUUACACUGUUGGAAAUUGACCCAGUUUGACAAGGCUGUGUUUUUAGAUGCUGAUACAUUGGUAUUGCAAGGAGUAGAUGAAUUAUUUGAUAGAGAAGAAUUAUCUGCUUCACCUGAUGCUGGUUGGCCUGAUUGUUUUAAUUCUGGUGUUUUUGUUUUUAAACCAUCAGAAGAAACUUAUGCUGCACUCAGAGAUUUUGCUCUGGCUCAGGGAUCAUUUGAUGGUGGUGAUCAAGGUUUAUUGAAUUUAUUUUUUCGAGAUUGGGCUACCAAAGAUAUAGCACGCCAUCUACCUUUCAUAUAUAAUGUGGUAUCACAGGCAUUUUACAGUUAUUUACCUGCUUUUACACAAUUUAAAAAUGAUAUAAAAAUAGUCCAUUUUAUUGGUCAAGUCAAACCAUGGCACCAUUCUUUUAAUACGAUUACUGGACAAGUUCAACUUUUACCUGGAACAGGCCAUGAUCAGAACUUCUUACAGCUGUGGUGGAAUUUAUUUAUUAAACAUGUACAGCCAGCUCUAGAUCCUACUGUAGGAGGUUUGGUUGGAGAAUUAGCUUCACUGCAGAUCAAAUCUGGUGGACCUUCUGUUGUCUUCCUUGAUGAUUCUGAUAGAAGAUUAGCAUGGGAACGUGGUCAGAUGGACUAUAUGGGUGUUGAUAGUUUUGAGAACAUUCAACGAAAGUUGGAUAGCAAGAUUGAAGACAGAUCA